AUGCGUCUUUCACUCCCAGCCCUCCUCCUAACAUCCCUCACCCUCACAACCCCAACACUCGCCGGAAGACCCUACUUCUGCCCGCUCGCUCUCGACUCAAAGAUGAUGCAGUACCCGUUCUGCUGCGAGGGCUUUGUCCCCGCGCGUGACUCUAAGCUGUCGAUGGAGGGUGUGAAUUGUGUUGAUAUCCGUGCGAAUGAUGACUUCACGUGGACAUGCCCAAAGGGUGGGGCGCCAAAGUGUUGUUAUACUAUUGGGAAGGGUGUCAUUUGUUCGACCGAGGUUGGAGAGGGAGAGGAGUAA